AUGCGGCUUUCUACAACAAAGUCACCUGCAGCCGGCAGAACUUCUAGCUCGUCUGGCUGGUGCCGACAGGCCCCCGAGGGGGAGGGAUUUCGAAAAUCGACAGUGCGCGCCAACGUAUCUCUCGUGGUCAGUUCGUCGUCAGAGGCGGUGGCUGGUUUAGGGCAGACGACCCAGAGGGCGCCUCGGCAGCGGAAAGGGCUCCUUCGUCCGCGCAAGCAGAGUCUCCCUGAAGCUGCGGGAAGCACCCCCGUCAUCUUGGGAGCUAAGCCAAAAAAGAGCAUCGUUCCAGACAGAGGCCCGCCCCCCCGAGAGAAUGCGACGUGGAAGAAAAACGACCGAUCCCAGUCAGCGAUCGGCGGGCAGCGCGCUGCGAAUGCGGACACACAUCAAGCGGCGGAAGACGCAAGCUGCAUCGAUGCUAAGCGCGGGUUCCAUGGCGUUGGCAGCAACUCGAGGCGGGACAACGGCCGCGCACAGGCAUCGUCUUCGCUUUCACGAGGGCGCUGUGGCAGUCCCUCCAGCACGGCGGAAACCUACUCAGGAGCGCCCCGGAAACCUCCGCGGAGCCAGGCGGAGACUUGCAAAUUAGAGGAUGCCAAACUCGCAGACGGGAUCCAGCCGGAGGCCGCGCUCGAUGAAUGCUGUCACGACGAGGAUUCAACUGCAGACUGGAUGGAUGUCAUCAGUCAAGCGGCCGCUGCUGGCUCAACGUGCCUCCCUCACACGUCGCCAUCGUUUUUCAACGACAGCGCAUACCGAAGCAUAUUCUCCAGCAUUCCACUGAAGCCUGCCCUCGUGGAUAUGAUUGAGGACUCCGUGCAGCUCCUGGAGCAAGUGAUGAGCCGCAUUUCGAGCUGCCCAAAAACCAAGGAGGCGUGCGAGGCCAGUGGACUGCGGCCCAAAGACUUCAUGAUUCCAGCGUUCGAAGACAGCCUCUUAACGAGAGAUCGCCGCAGGCUACACCGGCGCUACCUGGAGAGAAUUCGUGAGAGCGGAAAGAAUCUGAUGCGUGUUUUAGCGCUUCGCGAGGAACGGCUGCGGGCUGACCACGAGAGCCAAAUGUCUGCGGCGCAAGCAGAGCUUGAGAAGGCGUCGCCUCAGCAAGAGGGCGUCAACAGCGCGGAUCAGCUGAAGACGCAGCAGCGCCCUGGGAGCAGCCGAGAGGACAGGGCCCUCCCAGGUCUCUCCACCCAUCUCUUCACUCAGACGCAGGACACGCAUGCCAUCAACAAGCAGCGCCACCUCCAGGAAAAACAGAAGCAGGUAAACAGUCAGAGUCCGCUGCUGGGAACGGAUUGCACCGCAGAAACGUUUGGUGUGAAUGGAGGCUCGCCGCCGACGGCGAAAUCUCUGCAGCAGCAAGUCGGAAACGAACAAUAA